AUCAGGUGCUGAUUCAGACUCCGUUCAUACUGCGUGUAUAAACUACUCAAUACAAGAUCUGAAACAAGCUGCUGCUCUUUAUGUAUUUUAAAAAUGUAUUUUAAGAUCUUGAGAUUUCUUUUUUCAUUCUAUAUGGGGGUGCAUUAAGGUCAUAGCUUACAUUCGUGGACUUGUUUACUUGUUUUCAAGGCUCUCUCUUAGUCUCUGCUUCUCUGAUUGUUUCAUGGGUUUAUGGGAAACUUUGUGGAGUAAUAGUAGUCAUUACCUGGAUCAGGGCUGUACAGAUGGACUGAAGUCAAACAAAUCGGACCACCAGAGAAGAUCCAACAUGGGGAACAAACGCAAAGCCUCAAGUGAGCUCGACAGAGACUCAGAUGCCAGCUCCGGAUAUAUUAGUGCUUUGGACCAGACUGACUUUGAAGACAUGGGUCCAAACAGUACUGCAGCACAAAGCAUGCCAACAGCUCCUCGGGUUCCUUUCAUUCCUGGCUCACAUCCAGUCGUCUCUCCCAUGAUCGUAAUGAACAACCUUGUCCUCAAGCAGCCAGUCAUGUCCGCUGGUGACUGUACCGGCCGAAGUUCUGAGAAGCAGAAACAUUCCAGAAAGCAUGUUCCCAUGCAAAACGCCUUUCAGAAAACUGCCUCACAUCUUGCACAAGGGUCUACAGUCGACAAGGGUCCGAGUGCUAUCAAUAAGAGGUCAAACUACAGUCAUGGUGGAAGACAUCAACAACGCCGUUAUGAUGAUAAACCUUUCCACGGUUCCUCUUUGAAGCAGGAUGUGUCUGAGACAUUUAAAGGUUGUGGUGUAGACCCCAACAUUGCUGGACUGGGAGAAACUGGUCACUCUGUUGAAGAAAUGUGUGUGGAAAACCCUUCAGCAAGGCUUUCUGACCUUCAGGAGCCCCACACCACAACUUCACCAAUCUCACUUUGCACUGACUCCUUCCUUGCUUCGUUCCCUCAGAAGAGUCCCAAAACUUCAGUCACCCAGAGCAGUGAUAUGGAGAAUAUCCCAGAGGCCCUUUCUCCAAACUCUAGCAAACACGAACGCUUUUGUAACACAUAUAACAUUUUGAAUCGGUCAGGCCUGCUGGGCAUCACACUGCGCACAAAGGAACUUAUUCGACAAAAUAAGCGAUCCCAGGCCCAACUUCAGUGUCUGCAGGCUCAGACUGACCUCUUCUUGGAGGCCAUAUGUAGUGGAGAUCCCAAAGUCUGGACGAGAUUGCAGUUUAUCCUCCAGAGGUCCAGAAACGGUGAAGAGACGCCAACAGACACACUGGUGGAUUCUGUGAGGGGUGCAGAGUAGGAUAUGACCGAUGUGGGUCGUAUGUGUAGUAGCAGGUUCAGAUCUUAAUAUUUCAGCUGUUGUAUUCUGCAGUUUUUGUCACCUUUGCUUAGACCUUUUAAAGUUUGGCACAUUUCGAAUCAGUUGCUUAGCAAAUUUUCAACGUCUUGUUAUAAUAUCAGGUGGAAACGUCAAAGAUUUAAGUCUUCAGUAGAGUCCAGAGAUAUAGUUAUCACUCCAAGUGUUAUCCAUCCAACAUCAUUCUUAUUCUUUUGGUUUUGUCCUAAGUAUAUAAAGACAAUGUUUAGAUUUAAACUGCAUCUUUUUCAGAGUAAACUGACUCCGUGUUUCAGAAUUCA